CGGGGCGGGGCGCGGCGCCGCAGCUGGAUGGCCGGGGCCGCCCGGAGCGUCGCCGCCGCUGCCGCACGCACGUGGUAUGCCUGGAUGUCCCUGCCCUGGUUGUGGCAUGGCGGGCCAAAGGCUCCUCUUCCUCACUGCUCUUGCCCUGGAGCUUCUGGGUGGGGCUGGGGGUUCCCAGCAGGCCCUCCGGAAUCGGGGGGCUGCAGCUGCCUGUCGCCUGGAUAACAAGGAAAGUGAGUCCUGGGGGGCCCUGCUGAGCGAGGAGAGGCUGGACACUUGGAUCUGCUCCCUCCUGGGCUCACUCAUGGUGGGGCUCAGCGGGGUCUUCCCACUGUUCGUCAUUCCCCUGGAGAUGGGGACCACGCUGCACUCAGAAGCUGGGGCCCGGCGCCUAAAGCAGCUGCUCAGCUUUGCCUUGGGAGGACUCUUGGGCAAUGUGUUUCUCCACCUGCUGCCUGAGGCGUGGGCCUACACGUGCAGCGCCAGCCCUGGUGGUGAGGGGCAGAGCCUGCAGCAGCAACAGCAACUGGGGCUGUGGGUCAUUGCCGGCUUCCUGACCUUCCUGGCGUUGGAGAAGAUGUUCCUAGACAGCAAGGAGAAGGAGGGGACCAGCCAGGCCCCCAGCAAAGACCCCGCUGCUGCCGCCACGCUCAAUGGAGGCCGCUGUCUGGCCCAGCCGGCUGCAGAGCCUGGCCUGAGCGCCGUGGUCCGGAGCAUCAGAGUCAGUGGCUAUCUCAAUCUGCUGGCCAACACCAUAGACAACUUCACUCACGGGCUGGCUGUGGCUGCCAGCUUCCUUGUGAGCAAGAAGAUCGGGCUCCUGACCACCAUGGCCAUCCUCCUGCACGAGAUCCCCCAUGAGGUGGGCGACUUUGCCAUCCUGCUCCGGGCCGGCUUUGACCGAUGGAGCGCAGCCAAGCUGCAGCUCUCGACGGCACUGGGGGGCCUGCUGGGUGCCUGCUUCGCCAUCUGUACGCAGUCCCCCAAGGGAGUAGGUACGGGCGUGGUGGGUGUGGAGGCAGUGGCGGUCCGCAGAGGGGCCCACAGCCAAAGGGCACAGCUGCCCUGCCCUGGUGUCCAGGCCGGGUUCUGCCUUGUCUGCCCUGCGGGGGGUGGGGUGCAGUCCACACGGCUCCCCUGGGCCCCCAGCCAGUCAGGACUUCUCCCCGCUAUAGAGGAGACCGUGGCCUGGAUCCUGCCCUUCACCUCUGGCGGUUUCCUCUACAUCGCCCUGGUGAAUGUGCUGCCUGACCUCCUAGAGGAAGACGACCCGUGGCACUCCCUGCAGCAGGUGCUUCUGCUCUGCACGGGCAUUGUGGUGAUGGUGCUGUUCUCAGUCUUCAUUGAGUAACCGUUCCUGAUGCCCCACCCCCCGCACAGCAAUAAGAGACUCGGAUUCACUCUGUGACCGUGUGUGAGGCAGAGAGGGCGAAUGCCCGUGAGAGCGAGCCUCCGACCAGAGGAUGAUGUGCGUGUGUGUGUAUGUAUGUGCAUGUGUGACCAGAGGUGUGUGCGAGACCGACACUGUGAUCCCUCGUGCGCUGGGCCCAGGACCUAAUGCCCGCGCCUCCCGCAGCCAUGCUGUGGUCCUCUCCUUGCCACUCUGUCAUCUUGCACUUCCCGGAGUGAGCAGUGAGGAACAGCAGCACCGGUCCCAAGCAGAGGCUCUCCCCACUGGGACCCCAAGAGGAGUGAGAGCAGCUGAAGGAGCUCAGGGCUGCAGGAAGCCCCGAAGCUGUCUCCUGCUGGGGCCUCAUGGGUCCCUGGCCUGAGGGAGUUAACCCCUCUGCUCACGCGCCCAGCCCUGGGCAGCCAGGGGCAGAGGCUGGGGCGUCUUCUCUCUGCCACGUUCAUUGUGCUGGCCCUUCCUUCACCAGCUCUAAGGCCAAAGAAAGGAGAGGCAGGUGCUCAUAGCCCCCAGCCCCACUCAGCACUGACAGUCCUGUCCCUCCCAGCGUGGAGCUGGGAGAUGCUUCCUAAGACCUUUUCCUCACGGCUGCCUGCCCUGGGCCAGCUCCCGUUCCCCCAGUGAAUGCUCCCUGGCAGAGCCAGCAGCUCUCGCCACCUCCAGCUGCCAAACAGCAGCCUGCAGGGCAGCACGCAGCCCCGGGCCAGAGAGGCCUCCCAGUCCAGCUCAGGGAUGCUCACGCCAGCACAGGGUCCGGGCAGAUGCUCUGGGGGUGGGAAGAGAGUCAGCCAUGGCUGCCUCCCCUCCCCUUUUCCUGUCCCACUGCGGGUGGGGGUGCAGUGGGGGUGGCGCGGGCUCCACGUUGUCAGCGCUCAGGAAUGUGCUCUGGGAGAAUGCUGAAGCCAUAAUCCCCAGCUAUUUCCCUUGGCUGACGCCCAGGUACUCAGCUGGCCCACUGCAUGGCCAGACUCCAGCCCUGCUGCUCGGCCCUGGGAAGUGGCCAUCAAGGGGGUCUGAAUGGUUUUACAGCAGUUUUGCUGUGGUUCCGUUUGUAUCUGUAAAUACCUGUUCUAUAGAUGAGAUGCAAAUAAAUAUUAUACACAAACCGGCUGGCUCUGUUCGGCACACCAGAGGCCAGGGUC